AUGGCUGUCCAGAGUGCGCUGAGGGUCGAAGCUUUGGAAAGCUACCCACACCAAAAUGGAAGACCAAAGCUUUCAAUAUGGGAAUAUGUAAAGCUGUUAGCCAAGGCAACCACCAUCAUCCCUCUGCGCAUGGCGUUGUACAUACUGCGAAUAGUAUAUUUUUCGGCCAGACGAAAGUUCAACAUCAAGUACUAUGUGUUUUGCGCCAUUGUUGAUGUCGUCUUUACGACCUUCAAUGAUCGCGAAAUCCAGAUUUACUCGCAUCCCACCAUAGAUGCCUAUAACAUGUGGGUAAAUGGCAAGCUGGGGCGCACCAGAGAGCCUGCACUCCGGCAACGGCUUGUCCAUGAAAUCCAGCCGCUUGGUCACACUGGCGGCUCGCUUCUGUGGGUAGGAAACCGACGUAAGGCCAGCAAGAUCGUGCUGUUCUUGCAUGGCGGUGGGUAUAUUGCGCCAGCUCUUCGAGGCCACUAUGAGUGGUGCUGGAAUGCCUACGUUAUGGCAGGCAGGGAAGCUGGAGUUGAGGUCGCAGUCGGUUGUCUCCAGUAUACCCUUUUAAACGAUGGUAGAUUCCCUGUUCCUCUCGUGCAGGGCGCAGAAGCCCUUAGGUCGAUUUUGGAUUCCGGAGUCAACCCGUCUGAUAUCUACGUGGGCGGUGAUUCUGCAGGGGGGAACCUGAGCUUGCAAAUCUUGAGCCACAUUCUCCAUCCUUAUGAAGGAAUUUCCCCUCUGAAGUUAUCCAAGCCUCUUGGAGGAGUCUUCCUAGUUUCGCCUUGGUUGAGCAACAAUGUUUACACCGACUCGUUCAAUCGCAACAGUGGCCAUGACAUGAUAUCCUUUGGGGCCAUGGAUACUCUGGGCGCCGCCCUCUAUGGCGAAGAGUUGAUCAAAGCACAUAAGGCAGAUAUCCUUGCCGGAGACUACUCCGCAGCGAACCCAUACAUGACCCCUCUGGAUACUGACGAAGACUGGCUCGACGGUAUUGGGGACAUUACUUCCCACGUCUAUCUCACCGUGGGGAAGAACGAGAUUCUGUACGAUCAGGGCGUCAAGUUGAUUAGCCUUUUGCGGCGCAGAAAUGCGACAUGUAAAAUUAGAUUGGAUGAGGCGGAGAAGGAGGCUCACGACUUUAUUCUCAUUGAGAACAUAUUUGGAAAGCCAGGGGAUGCGACGUCCAGGAUGAAGGAUUGGUUCAAGGGGGUUAUCACGACCCGUCAUUGA